CGCGUGCUGACGCGACAGAUUUUAUGAUCUAUUGGCGGGGAAGUAGGAGAAUAUCGGCGUGAAGAAGCGGAGCGACGGUCGAUACAUAACAUACACGACGCGGCAGGGAAUUCGGGUGAUAUCAUGGCGUCGACCGAAGAUCUACAACUGUGGGCGGAUACAUGGUUGGCCGAGCUGGAGGAUGGGGAGCGUCAGAUGCAGGAGAUAUUACGGGUGAUGUCAUCUCCAUCAAAUCACCCAUUACAGGGCCAAGGGGGUGAAUCUUUAAUGGCUGAUUGGAUGGAGGAUAAGAUCCAGCAGUUGCUGGAAAUUAUCUGGGCUUUCGAGGAGGGGCCAGAUCCGGGGCUUGAUGACUUCAUCGAUUGGGAGCGGGAGCGUGGGAUCGUGUGCAGAUGCUACGAUCUCCUUCGGGAAGGGCAAGCACUCUCUGACAGCUAUUGUGUCAACGACAGUGAGGGGGAUACAACAACAUCGACAAUAUCGACAGUGAAGACAGGAGAGAACGUCAGCGACAGCGUGGUCAACGAUGAUAAGAUAGUGGAGCCGGUGAGUGUCAAUAUUGGUAGCGACAACAAUAUGAUCGGGGACGAUACAACGGCGGGUAGUGAAGAAGAGGGCGACAGCUGCGUUGACAACAACAAUGACAACAACGACAUUAACGACAACACCUACAUCAACAAGAUCAACAGAGUCAACACUUCCAACAACAACAACAACAACAACAACAACAACAACAUCAACAGGAGCGACAGUUGUAACAACAACAACGAUAACAUCGACAACAACAACAACAACAACAACAACAACAAUCAUUUCAAGAAUAGCAUUUACAGGGUCCUUGGUGCCAAAGGGAUUGACAACAACAACGGUGCUGUUGGGAUGGGUGGUGACGCUGACAAUAACAGCACCGACAAUAUUGACAACAACGAUUACGAUGGCUAUGGCUGGGAUGACAUGGACGAUAUGAGGAUCGACUGCGGCUGCAGGGGGAUGAUCAGAGUUGUUGGUUGGCAGCGGAUGGGCGUGGGUUAGCUGGUGGUGAUUGGUCUUGCCCAGCCCGCAAUACCAAUUAGGACGGGAGGUGGACUGUUUAGGUUUUUCCUGUCAUCCCUGUCUUGUGUCUAAUGAUUACGUACGGUUGGAAGAGCAGUUAAUCCCCUCUUAGGACGGCAAUCGAUGCUGCUCAUCACUACACAUCGGAUUAAGUACAUACUCUAUCAAUCAUCACAAACUUACGAUUGUAUAAUCAAAUGAUUUCCAUGUU